GAUACAUCCGGAAAACUUCGGACUUACUGCAUAUCCGCUACUCGGCGCGGAUUUCAAGGCUACAGACCCGAGACAAGCCGAGUCCUACAACCAUGGAUUCAAAUAUGUCCAACUAUUCCGACCUGGAUCCAGAGGAAUUGUUUGUGUCCUUGGAAGCGAUGGGGCCAGAACUUCAGUUGUUCCUGGUUAUCCUGUACAGCUGCACGGCCAUCGCUGCCCUGGGAGGAAACGGAGCAGCAAUCGCUGUCCUGCUCCUCGGCAAGCGGAGGUCCAUACGGCUGUUCCUGAUUAACCUGGCACUCUCGGACAUGACCAUGGCCCUGUUCUCCAUCCCAUUUACGUACACGGAUUUUAUGUUGGGCAGGUGGAUAUUUCUUCCUGAGUUUUGCCCCGUCGUACAGUUUUUUCAACACGCUUCUGUUUCCGUGUCUGUGUAUACGCUGACAGUAGUUGGACUAGACAGAUACUACGCCAUUAUUUAUCCCUUAAGCGGACGUUGGACGAAGACACGAGGACGGCUGGUGGUCUUCUUCAUUUGGUUUUUCUCCAUAGCUCUGUCCAGUUUCCAGCUGGUGCAUGGCAAGGCUUUGAAAUUCACGGUCGGUGGGCAAGAACUUUACGACUGCAGUGAAAUAUGGGGAGAAGUAGAAGGGAAGGUUUACACUCUCAUGGUAUUUAAUGUAACCUUUGUGAUUCCUAUCCUGAUUCUGAGCUACGCGUAUGGUAGCAUUGGCAUAAAAAUGUGGGGCCAUACCAUGCCCGGAAAUGCUGAUCCUUCUAGAGACAGGCAGCAACUGGCGGCAAAGAUGAAGGUGGUUAAAAUGAUGGCCAUUGUCGUGGUGCUAUUUGUCGUUUGCUGGCUUCCCAUUCAGAUCUUCGGACUUCUAGUGUACUUCACUCCAGAGUUUGUCCUUCCAAGUGAAGACGAAGACUUCCCAGGGUUCGCCGCUGCUUUCCUCUGCUGUCAUUGGCUGUCGAUGGCCAACAGUUUCGUUAACCCACUUGUCUACUGCUUUAUGAGCGACAAUUUCAGGACUGAUUUACGCCAGCUGCUGUGGUGCAACAAACGACGAUUAAGACUUGAUGUUCAUGCUUCAACGAUGAUGACAGGAUCGUCAAAUCUUAAAGCGAACCACAUUCCCCUGCGACCCCUCAAUCCAGCUGAGAGCAGACUGCUCAAGAGAUCCAUCAGUGAAAAAACAUGGACCAGCGUCAAUCCAGAGAAAACAAUGAUCAGCGAUUGAAUGAUUCUUUUACCCCUCCCUCAUAUCAGUCCUCUGCAUAUUAUACAAGGUGUCCAUAAAGUCUGAAUGCAAUUAAUCUGUAACUUGGCUGUUUUAAGUAUUACAAAGAUUCUUAAGAAAGGUCUUUAAAAACUCUUUCUCUUCAUUAUAUACUUUAU